CAGCGGGGUCGGAGCGGGAAGUUGGCGAGGGGCUCUGCUCCCGCCGAGGAGGAGGCGGCGGCGGGGCGCUGGCGCGCCGCUCAGGUGUCCGCUCCGCCUUCCGGCCUGAAUUUAGCUCCGUGAGUCCAGCGAGAAGGGGACCGCCGACACCUCGCCCUACUGCCGGCCGGAGCGCGACGCGGACUUCCACCGGAGGCGGGGCCCGUCAUCCCGGCGGCGGACCGACGGACCGACGCCGGGGACAGAGGGCGGUGGCCUCGGUGGAGGCGGGCCCCGAACCCCGGCGGCAGCCGCGCGGCCUUAGGGGCGAGCAUGAGCCCCGGGACGCCGAAAGGGGGCCGCAGGGGCUGAACCGGGCGCGGAGCGGCCUGGCCCAGCCAUCUUGACUGCGCACAGCGGCCCGCCCGAGAGGAAACUUGCUGCGCCGCCGCCCUAGGUGCCCGGCAAAGUCACCGGCGCGCGCGGAGAAAGCGAGCGAGAGAGGGACGAUGAGCCGGGGGCCGGCCACUCUGCCCUGCGAGGGCUGAGCCCGGCCGGAGUGAGCGGGGCAGACCCGGGGACCGGGGUGCCCUCCGGCAGCCACCCUCGUCUCCCGCAGCGCCGUGAGGACGCGUCCCGCGAAGGGACCAGGCUAUCGGCAGACCCCCCUCCCGUGAGAGGCAGGAGAGAGCCUGGCAGGGCGCCCUCUCUCCCCUCCUCCGGCGCUCUUGCAGGAUCUCCCAGCGCCCCUCCGCGCGCCGCCCGGAGGGCGAAGGCGCGUGGCCGAGGCGCGCAGCAUGGAGUGGGGUUACCUGUUGGAAGUGACCUCGUUGCUGGCCGCCCUGGCGCUACUGCAGCGCUCCAGCGGCGCUGCGGCCGCCUCGGCCAAGGAGCUGGCGUGCCAGGAGAUCACCGUGCCGCUAUGCAAGGGCAUCGGCUACAACUACACCUAUAUGCCCAACCAGUUCAACCACGACACGCAGGACGAGGCGGGCCUGGAGGUGCACCAAUUUUGGCCGCUGGUGGAGAUCCAGUGCUCGCCCGACCUCAAGUUCUUCCUGUGCAGCAUGUACACGCCCAUCUGCCUGGAGGACUACAAGAAGCCCCUGCCUCCCUGCCGCUCGGUAUGCGAGCGCGCCAAGGCCGGCUGCGCGCCCCUCAUGCGCCAGUACGGCUUCGCCUGGCCCGACCGCAUGCGCUGCGACAGGCUGCCCGAGCAGGGCAACCCUGACACGCUGUGCAUGGACUACAACCGCACCGACCUCACCACGGCCGCGCCCAGCCCGCCGCGGCGCCCGCCGCCGCCGCCGCCGCCCGGCGAGCAGCCGCCCUCCGGCAGCGGCCACGGCCGCCCGCCCGGGGCCCGGCCCCCGUCCCGCGGCAGGGGCGGCGGCGGGGACGCGGCUGCGCCCCCCGCGCGCGGCGGCGGCGGCAGUGGCGGCGGAGGCGGGAAGGCGCGGCCCCCUGGCGGCGGCGCGGCGCCCUGCGAGCCGGGCUGCCAGUGCCGCGCGCCCAUGGUGAGCGUGUCCAGCGAGCGGCACCCUCUCUAUAAUCGCGUCAAGACGGGCCAGAUCGCCAACUGCGCGCUGCCCUGCCACAACCCGUUCUUCAGCCAGGACGAGCGCGCCUUCACCGUCUUCUGGAUAGGUCUGUGGUCGGUGCUCUGCUUCGUGUCCACCUUCGCUACCGUCUCCACCUUCCUCAUUGACAUGGAGCGCUUCAAGUACCCCGAGCGGCCCAUCAUUUUCCUCUCGGCCUGCUACCUCUUCGUGUCCGUUGGCUACCUGGUGCGCCUGGUGGCGGGCCACGAGAAGGUGGCGUGUAGCGGCGGCGCCGGGGCCGCAGGCGGGGCGGGGGGCGCCGGGGGCGCGGCGGCGGGCGCGGGGGCGGCGGGCGCGGGCGCGGGCGGCCCGGGCGGGCGCGGCGAGUACGAGGAGCUGGGUGCCGUGGAGCAGCACGUGCGCUACGAGACCACGGGCCCGGCGCUGUGCACCGUGGUCUUUCUGCUCGUCUACUUCUUCGGCAUGGCCAGCUCCAUCUGGUGGGUGAUCCUGUCGCUCACGUGGUUCCUGGCGGCGGGCAUGAAAUGGGGCAAUGAGGCCAUCGCCGGCUACUCGCAGUACUUCCACCUGGCCGCGUGGCUCGUGCCCAGCGUCAAGUCUAUCGCCGUGCUGGCGCUCAGCUCGGUGGACGGCGACCCGGUGGCGGGCAUCUGCUACGUGGGCAACCAGAGCCUGGACAACCUGCGCGGCUUCGUGCUGGCGCCGCUGGUCAUCUACCUCUUCAUCGGCACCAUGUUCCUGCUGGCCGGCUUCGUGUCGCUCUUCCGCAUCCGCUCGGUCAUCAAGCAGCAGGGCGGCCCCACCAAGACACACAAGCUGGAGAAGCUCAUGAUCCGCCUGGGCCUCUUCACCGUGCUCUACACCGUGCCCGCCGCCGUCGUAGUCGCCUGUCUUUUCUACGAGCAGCACAACCGCCCGCGCUGGGAGGCCACGCACAACUGCCCGUGCCUGCGGGACCUGCAGCCGGACCAGGCGCGCCGGCCCGACUACGCCGUCUUCAUGCUCAAGUACUUCAUGUGCCUGGUGGUGGGCAUCACGUCGGGCGUGUGGGUCUGGUCCGGCAAGACGCUCGAGUCGUGGCGCGCGCUGUGCACCCGCUGCUGCUGGGCCAGCAAGGGCGCUGGCGCGGCGGGCGCGGGCGCGGCGGGGGGCGGCCCGGGGGGCGGGGGCCCGGGGGCCGGCGGGGGCGGGGGGCCGGGCGGCGGGGCGGGCUCCCUGUACAGCGACGUCAGCACCGGCUUGACGUGGCGGUCUGGCACGGCCAGCUCCGUGUCUUAUCCAAAGCAGAUGCCAUUGUCCCAGGUCUGAGCGGA